GCCAGCUAUGUAUAUCAGUUCAAGUUAACAUUAGUUUUAGAUACUUUGGAGUAUAGAUACAAAAAAUUAUAAAAUUUCCGUCUAAAUUUCGGUAUUCUUCUUCAUUCUGCUUCUGAUCGCAUAGACAGGAGCGCACCUAGCUAUUUCUGGCCAUGCUAUUCUGACAGCACUGGCGGCGUGGUGCGAGUUCCCCUCUAGACGCUCGAAAUAUUCCUACGUAGUUUUCGCGAGCGGCAAAGCUGCGAAGCCGUUUCAGUUGCCCGACGACCGCUGAACAAUUAAGACGCAGUUCUAGUUUUGGUUCUCGCUCUUUCCCACUCGUUUUUCUGUCCGGAAAAGUACAAAUAUCAGUCAAGAUGCUGCGCGUUUUGAAGACCGGUGCCCUGCUGCGUGCCCAGACUAAGAACUUCGCAGCAGCUGCUGCGAACUACUCCUCCCUCCCGCAGCCGCAGACCACGCCCGAUAUCCUCUACACAGGGGUCUUUAUCAACAACGAGUGGCACAAGAGCAAGUCGUCCAAAAUUUUCGAAACCAUCAACCCGACCACCACGGAAGUCAUCGCCGAAAUCCAGUGUGGUGGCAAGGAAGAUGUCGAUAUUGCCGUCCAGGCAGCCCGCGAUGCAUUCAAGUUGGGAUCCCCGUGGCGUCGCAUGGAUGCCUCGGAGCGCGGUCGUCUUCUCUACCGCCUGGCUGAUCUCAUGGAACGCGAUCAGGUCUAUCUUGCCAGUCUGGAGACCCUCGACAACGGCAAGCCCUACAGCAUGUCCUACAACGUGGAUCUCCCGACUGCCAUCAAGAACCUGCGCUAUUUCGCUGGAUGGGCGGACAAGACCCAUGGCAAGACUAUUCCCAUGGACGGAGAAUUCUUCACUUACACCCGCCACGAACCCGUUGGCGUGUGCGGCCAGAUCAUUCCCUGGAACUUCCCCAUCCUGAUGAUGGCCUGGAAACUGGGUCCCGCUUUGGCCACCGGCAACACCAUUGUGCUAAAGCCCGCUGAGCAGACCAGUCUGACUGCCUUGUACAUUGCCCAGUUGGUAAAGGAGGCUGGCUUCCCUGAGGGUGUGGUCAAUGUGGUGCCCGGAUUUGGAAACGCUGGCGCUGCCCUGGCGAACCACUGUGACGUGGAUAAGGUGGCCUUCACCGGCUCCACCGAUGUGGGCAAGCUUAUCCAACUCGCUUCCGGAAAUACCAACCUGAAGCGAGUGACACUGGAAUUGGGAGGCAAGUCGCCCAACAUUAUUCUGGCUGACACCGAUUUGGACUACGCCGUCGAGACGGCUCACUUUGGCCUGUUCUUUAACAUGGGCCAGUGCUGCUGUGCGGGAUCUCGUACUUUCGUGGAGGACAAGAUCUACGACGAGUUUGUCGAGCGCAGCGCGGAGCGGGCUAAGAAGCGCACCGUGGGCAAUCCCUUCGAUCUGAACACUGAGCAAGGUCCUCAGGUGAACGAGGAGCAGAUGGAAAAGAUCCUUGGCAUGAUCCAAACAGGCAAGAAGCAGGGCGCCAAGUUGGUUGCCGGUGGCAGUCGCCCAGAAGGUCUGCCUGGCUACUUUGUCCAGCCCACGGUGUUCGCCGAUGUGCAGGAUAACAUGACCAUUGCCACGGACGAGAUCUUCGGACCUGUUCAGCAGCUGAUCCGCUUCAAGAAGCUGGAUGAGGUCAUCGAGCGGGCUAACAACUCCGAGUACGGUUUGGCCGCCGCCGUUUUCACCAAGGAUCUGGACAAGGCCAACUACAUUGUGGGUGGUCUGCGUGCCGGAACCGUGUGGGUAAACACCUACAAUGCCCUGGCUGCCCAGGCUCCAUUCGGUGGCUACAAAAUGUCCGGCCAUGGACGCGAGAACGGAGAGUACGCUCUGUCCAACUACACGGAGGUCAAGAGCGUCAUCGUCAAGGUUGCCCAGAAGAACUCCUAAGAAGGACCAGAUAUUUCCUCCAAGAGGGACGCUUAAUAUGGUUCGCCCUAUUUAGGUGCUCUAAAUUCCGGCGAUAAUCUACAAUCUACAUCUCUAUAUGCACAUAGUUUUAAAUACAUCUGUUUGAUAUACAUGCCUACGGCCAGUUUUUUAUUUUUUCCAUUCGGUUAAUUCUGUUUAAGUGUACAUUUCUAUUUUGAAAUAAAGAUUUUGCGAAACUUUUAGUUUUUAAA